CUGGACUUUUCUAUGGGCGUUAGUCGCGGAAUCCAGCAGGCGGUAUAAAAAGAUGCGGGCGCGCGCGCAGCCUGUAGAUGCGGUGAGAGCGUGCAUCGCAGUGACAUCAGGGAGAAGCCAACUGAAGCGGAGAGAAGUCUGAAAAAAGUGUUAUAAGGUGACGCAAACCAUGUCAAAGGGACCAGCAGUUGGAAUUGACCUUGGCACGACAUACUCGUGUGUUGGUGUCUUUCAGCAUGGCAAAGUUGAAAUCAUUGCCAACGAUCAGGGUAAUCGGACCACGCCCAGUUAUGUUGCCUUCACAGACACGGAGAGACUGAUAGGCGACGCUGCCAAAAAUCAAGUCGCCCUAAAUCCCACCAACACAGUUUUCGAUGCCAAAAGGCUGAUUGGACGGCGAUUUGACGAUCAGGUUGUCCAGUCUGACAUGAAGCACUGGCCGUUCAAAGUGAUCAAUGAUUCCUCACGCCCUAAAGUUCAAGUGGAAUACAAAGGAGAGACCAAAACAUUUUUCCCAGAGGAAAUCUCCUCGAUGGUGCUUGUAAAGAUGAAGGAAAUCGCAGAAGCAUAUCUUGGAAAGACCGUCACGAAUGCAGUCGUUACAGUGCCUGCAUAUUUCAAUGACUCUCAGAGACAAGCUACAAAAGAUGCAGGGACCAUUUCCGGACUAAACGUCCUUCGAAUCAUCAACGAACCAACUGCAGCUGCCAUCGCUUAUGGCCUGGACAAGAAAUUAGGAACAGAAAGAAACGUCCUGAUCUUCGAUCUCGGCGGUGGAACUUUUGACGUGUCCAUCCUUACCAUUGAAGACGGAAUCUUCGAGGUGAAGUCCACGGCAGGCGACACCCAUCUCGGUGGCGAGGAUUUCGACAAUCGCAUGGUCAAUCACUUUAUCACAGAGUUUAAGCGCAAACACAAGAAGGACAUCAGCGACAACAAGAGGGCUGUCCGGCGUCUGCGUACCGCCUGCGAGAGAGCCAAGCGCACGCUGUCGUCCAGUACUCAGGCCAGCAUCGAGAUCGACUCUCUCUACGAGGGCAUUGACUUCUACACCUCCAUCACCAGGGCUCGCUUCGAGGAACUGAACGCUGACCUCUUCCGUGGCACCUUGGACCCUGUAGAGAAAGCUCUUCGUGAUGCCAAGCUGGACAAAUCUCAAAUCCACGACAUCGUCCUGGUUGGAGGUUCUACCCGAAUCCCAAAGAUACAGAAGCUUCUACAGGACUUCUUCAACGGAAAAGAACUCAACAAGAGCAUCAAUCCUGAUGAGGCUGUUGCUUAUGGAGCAGCUGUCCAGGCAGCCAUUUUGGCAGGAGACAAGUCAGAAAAUGUUCAGGACCUGCUCCUGUUGGACGUCACUCCUCUGUCACUGGGUAUUGAGACGGCUGGAGGAGUGAUGACGGUCCUGAUCAAACGCAACACAACUAUUCCGACCAAACAAACACAAACUUUCACAACUUAUUCAGACAAUCAACCUGGUGUGCUUAUUCAGGUGUAUGAGGGUGAGAGAGCCAUGACUAAGGACAACAACCUGCUUGGAAAGUUUGAGUUAACGGGCAUUCCUCCUGCACCACGGGGUGUUCCUCAGAUUGAGGUUACUUUUGACAUCGAUGCUAACGGUAUCAUGAAUGUUUCUGCAGUGGACAAGAGCACGGGCAAGGAGAAUAAGAUCACCAUCACCAAUGACAAAGGUCGUCUCAGCAAGGAGGACAUUGAGCGAAUGGUCCAGGAAGCAGAGAGAUACAAAGCUGAGGAUGAUGUCCAGCGAGACAAAGUAGCUGCAAAGAACAGCCUUGAAUCUUAUGCUUUCAACAUGAAGUCCACUGUUGAGGAUGAGAAAGUGAAAGGAAAGAUCAGUGAUGAGGACAAGCAGAAGAUCCUGGAUAAGUGCAAUGAGGUGAUCAGCUGGCUGGAUAAGAACCAGACUGCUGAGAAAGAAGAGUUUGAGCAUCAGCAAAAGGAACUGGAGAAGGUCUGCAACCCCAUCAUCACCAAGCUGUACCAGGGUGCAGGUGGCAUGCCAGGUGGGAUGCCCGGGGGAUUCCCUGGGGGCGGUGCUGCACCUGGAGGCGGGUCUUCUGGACCAACUAUUGAGGAAGUUGACUAAUCUGUUCAACGUUUACUACUGAUUUUCACACUUGCAGUCAGUUUUUCUUUUUCUUUUUGGCAUGUUUCUAAUCACAACAUUUUAUGUUCAAGGUGGGUUUUAUUUUUCUGUUAACACUUAGGCAUACACCUGACAGUUUGCUCAGUGAGUAGCAUGUUUAUGCGUAUGUGUUCCAUAUUUGUCUCAUUCCUGUUAAAACGGUACAAUAAACACCUUCACGCUCUGA